GUUAAAUAAGCGUUAAUGUUGUUUUUAUGACAUUGACCGACCGAAAAGGGAACAUCCGAGGCCGCGAAUUUCCCACAGACACCGGCAUUGAUGGUAAUGCAUGCGAGGAAACCACAAAGGAUCAGCGAUGGGUACUUCGAAAAGCACCAGGCCCAUCCCUAUCAGAACACAAAGUACAGCAAUUCUAAGGGUGGCUACUCCUCAUCGACGACAUCCUCGGAUAGUCGUUACGAGGGACGUAUGCGAGACUCCCCAAAUGGCAACUCUUACAGUCCAGCAGGAGGCUUGGGUAUGGGUAUGGGAACAGAUAGAGACAGUCCCCGUAGCUAUGCAUCCAAGCCCUUAUACAAGAAGGAGAGAGAAAAUAGAGACUACAAGUUAUCCUCCUCUAGGGACAAGUAUUCAGAUUGUGCACGAUCCCCAAAAGACAAGAGAAGCCGCGAGAGCAGAGAUUCUGAACACAGGACCAACCAUGAUAGGAGUAGUGGAGAGAUUUUACAUCCUAUAAAAUUAUCAUCAAAUUCAUCGAGAGAGUCUUCAUCCCAGAGGAAACCAUCACACAAUUCCUGUCAGGACAAACGUGGUGAUGAACGAGGAGGUGCGAUGGAACGUUCGGCCAGGUUCGGCGAUUGGUCCGAGCAUAUGAGUUCUUCGGGCAAGAAGUAUUAUUACAACUGUAAAACGGAAGUGUCUCAGUGGGAGAAGCCACGGGAAUGGAUCAGUCGAACAGAAAAUCGACAACGUCAGUCGAACGAUUACUCUUCUAGGUCAAGUCACGAUAAACAUUCCAACUCGCGGUCAAAUAGCAGUAGCAGCGUGCGAGAUGGUAAAUCGUCGCGUCAGUCCGACAAACGAGAAUAUUGGAGUUGCAGCGGAGGCGGCGGUGGUAGUAGCAGAGAAGACGUUUCGGUGAGGGAGAGGGAGAGAGAAAAGGAACGGGAGAGAGAACGCGAACGUGAAAGAGAUCGGGAAACGUGUAGAGAAGAAACGGGAGUGGAGCGUCAGGCUCAGGACAUGGACAUCUCUCCGGGUGAUUCUACACCAACGUCGGAACCUCUGACUCACGAUCCACUGCCGCAAGGCCCUGUUCUGUUGGCCACUGCAUUACCUCGAUUAACAUCGCAUCCACCGUCUACACCACAAACACCUGGCAAGCUCAGUUCCCCAACGCAGCAACAAGGGAAUAGUAAUGCUCCGGGACCACCGGUUUCGUUGGCAAAUCUUCCGAGACUUCUAUCCCAAAUUACAGGCAAUAAGGAACAACCGGACAUUACACCGCAGAAAGCACUGCAAACGGUCGCUAUCCUGUUGUCUAGACAACAAUCUGCUAGCGGAGACCGAAAUAAUAGUGGAAACGACGUGAUGGUCCCGCUGAAAGUCGACACGAGCGGCAAUGUUACAAGCGAGGGACCACCUACUCCUACGCAUUCGGAAACUCAGGAUUGCAUCGAUGUACGAAAAUUGACAAGUCCUGGGGGGACGAAUUCCGGAGUACAAGGUUUAAGCUCAUUGCAAAAUCUUAGCACAUUAGGUUCCCUUGGAAAUUUAAGUAAUACAGGUUUACAGGCAUUGUCUAGAGUGCAGCCUCCUUUAACACCUUCUUUAACACCAUCACUUGCUAAUCAUUAUCGGGAAGAUUUAACGCAACACGUGCGUGCCUUUCCUGCUGAAAUACUUGAAAAACAGGCACAGAAACUUAGCGAAGAAGCACAUACAAUGGGAAGUUUGCAGUGUACAAGAGUCUCGGCAGAGUUAAAAACCGCACGGUCGAUAGUGAGGCUGACGGAAAUUCAAGCGACGUUGCAAGAACAAAGGAUAUUAUUUCUCCGUCAACAAAUUCAAACGCUGGAGGAGCUAAAAUCCCAAAAUUCCUUCAUGUCUGACGAUUCUUAGUGUAAGAAACUUUAUAAAGUAAUUAUAAUUACAGUCUAUAAUUAAUUCAUGCAAAAAAUAAAACAUAAUUAUUAAUAUUCUCAUUAA